CUCUGUCUCUGUUAUCACUCUCAAGAACCCUUCAAGAACACAAACAUACAUACUUGGUACUUCUCUCUCUCUCUGUCUCUCUCUCUCUGUCUCUAAAAAAUCAUUCAUACCCAUUACAGAAAAAUGAGUAUUCUUGAAGCCAUAAACAACAACAUAUCAGAUCUUCAGAUAUGGAACAACGCUGCAUUCGACAAUGGAGAAUCCGAAGAAUCAUCCGCCAUCAAAGCUUCUUGGUCUCCCCUGAAACCCUUAUUGGUGAAUCGAUCCGAAUCUCUUGAUUCUGCUUCGAGCAAAGAAAAUCAAAGUCCCGUGUUUGGGAAAUCUCCUGUUCCUGUGAAAUCUCCGGCACCGGUGAAGCCACUUCGCCCAAAUGGCGCUAUCGGAAACUCUCAAGGGAAGGCCACAAAGAUCUUUUCCAAACAGGGUCUUGCAGAGAAUUCAUUUCCCAAGAAUGGGACCGAACAGGAGUUUCGCGAUGAGAAGAAGAUCGAUACAGAAAUUGAGAAGAUUGAGAUGGAAAUUUGCCGAUUGUCUACCAGACUAGAGGCGCUUAAGGUUGAAAAGGCUGAACAGAAUGCGAAAAAAGCCGGAAGGCCAGGAAGGGUUGUGCCGGCGAAGUUCAUGGAACAGAAACAGAGCGUCAAGAUUUCAGAUGUAGUGAAAAAGAUUGAAGAACCCUCUCAGUUGAGUGCUCGUACAAAGGUCCAGCGCCGAGGUCUGAGUUUAGGCCCAUCGGAGAUUGCUGCCGGAGUGCGUAGGGGUGUCAGUUUGGGCCCAUCGGAGAUAGUCGCCGGAGUUAAGUCCCGUCAAUUGGGUAAGCCGGAAAUCACCCCUGUUCAAGCAAUACAAAAUAGAAGAAAAUCAUGCUUUUGGAAGCUUCAUGACAUUGAUGAAGAGAAGGUGAAGAAAGAAAGAGGAAAAUGUUCGAGUGUUAGUCCUAAAUCGCGGAAAACCAUCUCCAAGAUUCCACCUUCAAGACAAGCAGUGACCACUGUGGGAUCACGGAAAUCUCUGAAGAAAGAUGAAGGGGUUCUCUCAUCAAUUCAGCCAAAGAAGCUCUUCAAAGAUGGAGAAAAGUCAGUUCCUGCUAAGAAGCCAUGGAAACAAGGUAGGGUCGUGGCGAGUCGGUAUAACCAGAGCUCAGUUCAGAAUUCGGCAAUGAGAAAGAGGUCUUUACCGGAAAAUGAUAACGAUGAGGUGAGGAAGAGCGAGAAGAAGCGUGCUUCAUCGGUGGGAAGAUCGCGUGGUACUCUGCCAGAACUAGGCCGUGAUCAAUGUAUGGAGAGCAGAGUGAAGAAGAAGUGGGAAAUUCCCAGUGCACCAUUGAUGGUCCCUGCAAUUUUCCAUGAAGAAAUUUUGGUGGAAAAUAGUUCUCCGUUGUCCAUUAAUAAGAUUUCCGAUAUGCUUCCGAGGCUUAGGACUGCCCUUUGCACCAUUGACAGUCCCCGGGAUUCAGGACCAGCGAAAAGGGUGGCUGAAUUGAUUGGAAGUAGAUCAUACUUUUGCUCCGACGAAGAGAUUGAGCCAUCAGUUUGUCAAGCUUUGAGUUUUGCAGGAGGAGAGGUUGAAGAUUGAAAAGUGGAAAAUAAGGAGGUUCCUUUUUUUUAUUAUUAUUUCUCCCCCUAUCUCUCACUUUUUGAAUUCUAGUUCUGAAAUUUAGGUUCAUUGAUGUGCAACCUUCUAGUUUUGUCUUCUUUGUUAUGCAUAAUGGGAAAGCUGUUCUCUUUAUUCUCUGGAUUGUUUAGAUACUCAUGACAAUUGGGUAAGCAACUAAGCUUACUUUUGCUUCUGGCUUAAUGGGAUAAGAUUUUCUCUUGCUUUGUAACUCUACUUGUAAAAUAGAUAUGAUCUGUAUAACAAUGGAGAGAGCUUGUUUUCUUUAA